AUGGCUGCAUCCAUCCAUGUGUUCCUCAACUUCAAUAGGGGAGAUACAUUAAAAUUCGCUUACGUACUCCGCGGGGCACUUGAUAAAAAAGGAAUCCACACUUUCAUUGAUGAUGGGAACUAUUACGAACAAAAUUACGUGAAGGGAAUGCAAGAAUCUAAGGUUGCCAUCAUUGUGCUCUCUGAAAACUAUGCUUAUUCCUCGUUUUGCUUAGAUAAACUUGCAACCAUCCUUGACUGCCAGAGGAAAGGAUUGUUGGUUGUUAUACCGGUCUUCUAUAAGGUGGAUCCUUCAUAUGUCAGACACCAGAAAGGUAGUUAUGGAGAGGCAUUGACUAAGCAUGAGAAAUGGUUCAAGGCUAAUAAGGAGAAGUUGCAGAAAUGGAGGAUGGCUCUGCGUGAAGUUGCUGACUUGUCUGGAUAUCUUUUCAAUGAUGGGUACCCACCUAAAUCUUUUUUACCUUACAGUUUUUGUAUAUAUGGAGCUGCUGGAGUAGGAAAAUCAACACUUGCUCGAGCAGUUUAUUCAGUUUCUGGACAUUUUGAUGGUUCGUAUUUCCUUGAAAAUGUGAGAGAAAAAUCGAACAACCAUGGGUUGGAAUACCUCCAAAGCAUCCUUUUCUCAAAAAUACUUGGAGAGAAGGAAAAUAAAUUAACAACUUCGCAACAAGGAAUUUCAAUGAUAAAGCAGAAGCUCCAAAGAGAGAGGAUUCUCUUGAUUUUAGAUGAUGUUGACAAAUACGAACAAUUAGAUGUUACCCUGGGAAUACCCAUUUGGUUGGGACCGGGUAGCAGAGUCAUCAUCACUACUCGAGACAGAGAAAUGCUAAAAUAUCCUGAGUUUAUAAAAUUUUAUAAGUUGAAGGAAUUGAAUAAUAGUAAUGCUCUUCAAUUGCUUACAUGGAAAGCUCUUCGAAAGGAAAAAGCUAAUCCAAGACAUUUAAAUGUCUUAAAGCGUGCGGUAAGUUGUGGUUCUCGCCUUCCAUUGGCCUUGGAAGUAAUAGAAUGUAGACUGACAGAUGUUGAAGUUAUACUUAGUGUUCACUAUGGUCACAGCAUUAAACAUCAUAUUGGCGUGUUGGUUGAAAAAUCUCUCUUGAAGUUUGAUUAUUUUGAUGAUAGACUUACAUUGCAUGGAUUGAUGGAAGACAUGGCUAAAGAAAUUAUCCGGAAGGGAUCACCAGAAGAGCCAGCGAAACACCGUGGAGGAUGGUUACCGAAAGAUAUGAUGCAUGGUUUGGACUAUAACACGGAGUUCGAGAAUCUAACCGUCUUGAAUUUUGACGACAAGCUUAUGAGUUUUCCAUCUCUCAACUUGAUCUCUCUUGAAAGACUUGAACUUUCAAAUUGUUCCCGUCUUGAGAAUUUUCCGGAAAUAUUAGGAAAGAUGGAAAACAUAAAAGAACUUGAAUUGUUUAACCUUCCCAUAAAAGAAUUGCCAGUUUCAUUUCAAAAUCUUAUUGGACUAGAAAAAUUACUCCUGAUGUGUGGAUUAGUUCAGUUACGAAGUAGCAUUCUCACGAUGCCUAAGCUAUCUGUAUUUAGAGCUGAGCGUUGCAAAUGGUGGCAAUGGGUAAAUUCAGAAGAUGAAGAAGAAAAAGUGGGCUCAAUAGUACCUUCAAAGGUAGAUUGUUUUAUUGCUCAAAAUUGCAGCCUGUAUGAUGAUUUUUUUUCAAUAGGUUUCAAGAUGUUAGCUCAUGUGACAUAUUUAGAGUUACCGGGGAAUAAUAUCACAUUCCUUCCUGAAUGCAUCGAAGAAUUUCACAACCUGUAUGCUCUUGAUGUGAGUAAUUGCAAGCAUCUUCAGGAAAUUAGAGGAGUUCCAUCAAACUUGAAACAUUUCAGGGCAUUAAACUGCAUAUCCCUAUCUUCCUCCAGUUCAAGCAUGUUGUUAACUCAGAAACUUCACGAGGCUGGACAUACUGAGUUUUGCCUUCCAGCAUCAAGUAUUCCAGAGUGGUUCAAUCAUCAAAGCAGGGGACCUUCAACUUCUUUUUGGUUUCGGAACAAGUUCCAAGCCAAUGUUCUUUGCAUUCUUGUCGCACCUGUGGGAUACGAUAUUACCUUGGAUUGUCCUAUUCCCAUGCUGUUCAUCAAUGGCAAAGUUCAAGAAUAUCACUUUCAUAGUUACAAGGGAAAAGGGAGGAUGUUGAAAUUGGAUCACACAUAUCUCUUUGAUCUACAGGUGCUAUCUUUCGAUAAUAAUAUGUUUGAAGUGCCUUUAGAAAAGGAAUGGAUGCAUGUGGAGGUUACAUAUGAAGGUGUGUUAGAGACCUCAUUAGUUAAAGCAACUGGAAUCCAUGUAUUCAAACAUGAAAGUAGCAUGGAGGAUAUUCAAUUUGCUGAUCCUUAUAGCAAGAGAAAAGUAGACCAUGAAUCGCAAAACCACCCAUUAGAAAACAUAGAUGUCAGCUAUGAUGUGUUCCUCAGCUUCAGAGGCUUUGACACACUCCAUGGUUUUACUGGCUAUCUCUACAAAGCUCUUCAAGACAGUGGAAUCCACACUUUCAUUGAUGAUGAAAGCCUUCAGAGAGGAGAGGAAAUAACACCAACAACUGUGAAAGCAAUUAAAGAGUCUAGGAUUGCCAUCAUUGUGCUCUCUAUAAACUAUGCUUCUUCCUCCUUUUGCUUAGAUGAACUUGCUACCAUCCUUGACUACCUUAAGAGAAAAAGACUGCUGGUUUUACCAGUCUUUUAUAAUGUGGAUCCUAUUCAGGUGAGAUAUCAGAGAGGUAGUUAUGGAGAAGCCUUGGCUAAACAUGAGGAGAGGCUCAAGGAUCACAUGGAAAAGUUGGAGAAAUGGAAGAUGGCUCUACAUCAAGUAGCUAACUUGACUGGAUAUGAAUAUGAGUUUAUUGGGAAGAUUGUUGAGUGGGUCUCCAGAGAGAUUGACCCUGCUCAUUACCCAGAAGGACUAGAGUCACAGGUGCUAGAAGUAAGGAAACUUUUGAAUGUUGGAUGUGAUGACGGUGUCCACAUGAUAGGGAUCCAUGGUGUUGGUGGGGUAGGUAAAUCAACACUUGCUCAAGAAGUUUAUAAUAAUUUGAUAUCUGAUCAUUUUGAUGCUUCAUGCCUUAUUGAAAAAGUGAGAGAAAAAUCAAACAAGCAUGGGUUACAAUACCUCCAAAGCUUACUUUUUUCGAAAUUACUUGGAGAGAAGAACAUCAACUUAAAAAGUGUGCAACAAGGAACUUCAAUGAUACAACGUAGGCUCCAGAAAAAGAAGGUUCUCUUGAUUCUAGAUGAUGUUGACAAGCAGGAGCAAUUGCACGCAGUUGUUGGAAGAUCUGAUUGGUUUGGUCCUGGCAGCAGAGUCAUAAUCACGACACGAGACAAAAAACUGCUAGCCUCCCAUGACGUUCAAAGAACAUAUGAGGUGAAGAAAUUAAAUAAGAACAAUGCUCUUCAAUUGCUUAAAUGGAAAGCUUUUAAAAUGCAUUACUUUGAUCCAACGUAUGAGGAGCUUUUCAAUCGUGCAGUAACUUUUGCUUCUGGCCUUCCAUUAGCUUUGGAAGUAAUAGGUUCCAACUUGUAUGGAAAAAGCAUAGAAGAAUGGAAAUCUGCCAUCCAUCAAUUUGAAAAGUAUCCUGAUAAUCCAAUCCAAACAAUACUUAAAUCAAGCUUUGAUUCGUUGGAGGAAAAAGAAAGGAGUGUUUUUCUUGACAUUGCUUGUUGCUUCAAAGGAUAUGAAUUGGCAGAGGUUGAAGAUAUACUUCAAGCUCAUUAUGGUCAGAGCAUGAGGUGUUAUAUUGAUGUAUUGGUUGAUAAAUCUCUAAUAAAGCUUAAUCCUGGUACAAAACCUUGUUAUGAUACAGUUACAUUGCAUGACUUGAUUGAGGACAUGGGUAAAGAUAUUGUCCGACAGGAAUCACUGACAGAGCCAGGUGAGCGCAGGAGAUUAUGGUUACUGGAAGAUGUAAGAGAAGUUUUAAGAAACAACACGGGAACUAGUAAUAUUGAAAUCAUAUGUCUGGAUUUCCCCAUAUUUGAUCAAGAAGAAACAGUAAAAUGGGAUGGAAAGGCUUUCCAGAAUAUGCAAAACCUCAAAACACUCAUUAUUAGAAAUGGUAAUUUUUCCAAAGGUCCAGAAUAUCUCCCAAAUAGUUUGAGAGUACUUGAAUGGUGUAGAUAUCCGUCAGAUUGUUUGCCAUCUGAUUUUCAUCCAAAGGAACUUGCCAUAUGCAAGAACUACAUGAGGUCAGAAACAUUCUGCUUAAUUUGCCAGGACAAGGAUUCGAGAGUGGUUCAAUCCGUAAAGCAUGGGACCUUCAACAAGUUCAUUGUCUUGCAAAAAGUACAUAAAGGGGAAAAAGGAAAUCAGAGAAUGAUGGUUGAGUAA